CGUGGGGAAACUGGUACGCAAACCAAAUUAGAAGGUUUUGAUCAGCAUAUGCCAAAAGGAAUCAAGUGGAACGAAUUUUUGCAGAAUCAGGGAAAUAAGGAAGAGUUGAUAAAGCUUAUUGCACAACAUAUGAUGAGUGAAGAAGCUAGAGGUACGAUAAAGCAGCCAUUUAUCGUCACAGAAGGUAACAACACGUACAGAGUGGAGAGAAAUGGAUGUGAGCUGAUUUACCGUUGUAAUCAUGAAGAAGCGGACACCCGCUUGGUUUUGCAUGCGUCAUUGGAAGCAGCAGACGUAGUUAUUGUCUCCAAAGAUACCGAUGUCCUGAUCCUUCUUAUAUGGGCAUAUUCAAAGCUUUCUGUUUGUAAAACGUGGCUUUUCAAGUACGACCAUGAUAAAUAUGCUGACAUAGGAGUAAUUUGCCAAUUUUUAGGAUAUGAUCUUUGUCAAGCACUUCCAGCAAUACAUGCAAUAUCAGGAUGUGACACCACUUCCUAUUUCUACAAGGCUGGAAAAGUUAAAAUCAUCAAAAAGUUGUUAAGUUCUCCGUCGAAAUGCCAGAUGCUAGAAUCUUUCGGUCAGGAUCAAAGACUCGAGUCUGAAAAAAUCGACAACGUAAAAGAGUUCAUCAGGACAGUUGUUUACAGUGGCAAGGUAGGCGAGUCAUAUGUAGAAACGAGAAUCCGACUAUAUAAAGAAAUGAAAUCAAAGUCUUCAUCGUCAAUUCCUCCUGAUCCAGAUUCAGUUGAGCAAGCCAUCAGACGAGCAAAUUACCAAGUGUUCCACUGGGUCCGCUGUUGUGACGUUAACAUUGAGACAGUUAGCUUUGAAAAUCACAGCUGGAAAUGGGACGAGGAAAAGCAGGUUGUAGUUCCGAUCUGGUUUAAAGGCAAGCAGUUGCCUCCUUCACUUUCAACAAGCAGAAAGAAAGCAGCCAAGAAUCUCAACUAUGACAACGAUGGCGAUGCGGAGAUGAGUGAUGAUGAAAUUAAGGGCCAAAAAAACACACUUCAAAGAAGAGAAAACACCACCAAAGAGAUGCAUUGCCCAGUACAUAUAUCGAUUAUGAUGGGGAUAGCGAAAUGACAAGAAAAGAAAUCAUUGAUGGCUCGGACACUUCAAUAAUCGAUGAACACGAAAGUGAAUGGGAAAUUUCAGACUUUUCGUCCAGUGGGGACUCAAUGGAUGAAUGGUUGCCUUAAGUUCGUAAACUAUGAUGUUAGCGGAUGGUAACUUAGAGAGCAGCUAAUCUCGGCAUAACUGAAACCUAACUUGUAUGUUUACAAAACAAUUUGGUUGCUAAGAAUUGUUUUAGUAGAGUGCAUACGAUGAAAAAAUGCUCUUUACAAAAUCCAGUGGCGGCCAUUUUGAUGACGUCAU